AUGGCUUCUUCAGGCGCCCGCAAUACGACCAUCCAAGCUUCCAACGACUGCGUGGCGAACGCCAUCCUCACUAUCCUGGACCAAGAGCGAGAGAUCAAGGACCCUUUCAUGGUGGUCACAUACGACAACAGCGCCGGUCUUACGAGGGCCGCCGUCUACACCUCACCCUUCUCCGUCUUGGUGCAAGAUUUUCGAGGAACGCCGGAUCAGCAGGAUGUGCGAGAAGGCGUGCACCUCCUCAAAGACAGCGUGAUGACGAAUCUGCAGGUGACGAAAGUUCCAGAUCUUCGCUUUCGUCGCGCCCAAACUGGUGGUGGUCGAGCGAGCGUCCUCUGGCGAGUGCGCGUUCCUCGGCUGGUGGAGGCGGCGCCGGUGGGAGAGGAGGGGUUGGUGGAGGCGGCGGAGGUGGUGGCGGCGGUGGCGUGGCCGUGGGCGGAGGCUUACUAG